AGCAUUGUCCAGUUUACAUUGAGCUCUGAUCCCUGACCCAGGAGAAUGAGUCCCAAUACUUGCUGGCUUUGCAAGAUAUUCAGAGCAGAAGAAAAUGGGAUCAGUUCUAAAUUGUCUUUGGAGGAAGUGCUACAAUGGUCCCAGUCUUUUGAAAAGCUGAUAACAAGUAAAUAUGGGCCUAUGAUCUACAAGACCUACUUGAAGACGGAGCACAGUGAUGAAAACAUAGAAUUCUGGCUUGCUUGCGAAGCUUAUAAGAAGAUCACGUCACAGAGGAAAAGGAUUUCCGUGGCCAAGAAACUUUUUACAAGUUACAUCCAGCCCCAGGCUCCCAACGAGAUUAACAUUGACAGUCCUGUGAGGAAAGCGAUUAUAAGGAAUAUUCAAGAGCCAAAACAGACCUGUUUCGAUGAAGCACAGAGAUUAAUUUACAUGCACAUGGAAAGAGAUUCUUAUCCACGAUUUCUUGAAUCAAAGUUCUAUCAAAAACUCAAACACAGCCUUCAAACUAAUGGCAAUAAUUCAAUGGUAAAUUAA